CGUAAAUGUGUGGUGGCGGCCAUGAAGCCUCCUUGAGGGCGGGGUGCUAGAACCGCGCAAGUUUUGAAGUUGAGGCAGCCGCAGCCAGCUGGCGUGGAGGACGCUUCUCUAGACCAGAGUUAUCAUGACUGCCAAACACACAGACCUUGAACUAGGUCAUUUUACAAGCGGUUUUUGGAAUACUUAUGUUCUAGAAGAUUAUCAACCUUCUGGACAUCUCACCUGUGGCACAAUUCAAAGGAAUAUGCAAGUGUUCAAUGAAAAUUUCAAGGUACAUGUGAGCUUAAUUCCAGCUCAGGAAUUAAUAUAUUGGGAGUUGAGUCUUGAAGAGAAGAAAAGGCGCAGAUCAGCAAGAAGAAGCGGUGGAGAAGCUUUAGCUGAAGCGAAUAAAGCGCCUAGUGUUAUAAAGUAUAAGUUUGCUAUCAGCGAUAAGGAAGGAUUGCUGUUUGCCAACAAAAGAAUUCCAGCUAAAAUACUAAAGCUGCUGCAAAAGGCCUUAAAAUGUAAGGAUUUCAAGAUAAUUGAGCUGAGUAAUAGUGACCCCGUUAAUCUCUUGAUGGCCUACAAACAGUCUAGGAAGCGAGCUCCUGGCCAUCUUAAAUUACAGUGUGAUUUGAAAAUGACAGCUGCAACAGACGAUGUCCAAGAGGAUGCCCUAUUAAAAGGUGGUGAUGUGAAUAUUAACACUACAAGCAGUGUGAUUCACCAGAAGCUUGGCUGUCACUUUAAGCAAAUUCCAUGCAUAAGGAAGGUUUCCACCACUGUGAAUAAUAUGCCUAUCAGAACAGAGGUUCCAGCGCUAAAAGGCUUCCGAUUAUCGUCAGUGAACUUAGAGGUUCAUGCGCCUUCAGUUUUCCAUUUAUUUAAGGAGCUUGGAGAACGAGAAGUGAUUACAGAUAUUCCUCCAUGGCUAGAAAAAAUAAGAACCAGUGGCAAAACGCACUGUAUUGCCAAGUACGAAUGAAAACUGGCAAUAGAAUGCAUUGCUUAAUAAAAACAUGUCUAUCUGAGCUGAGCCAUUCCUAGCCAAUUGAUCAUAACAGGUACAGUUAGACUUUCUUGUACUUUUAUAUACUGAAUUGUACUGCUACUGUAAUUUUCAUUCUGUAAAAUAUACUGAAUGAUAUAUACACAAUAUUGGAAAUGUUGAUAAUGAUAGUCUUUGUAUAAUAUGAUUAGAGCUGUCAACAUAUUUUAGCAUGUUAUAGUAAAGAAAAUUAGAUGCUGUACUUUGUUAAUAAAUUUAUUCAUGCACGACAUGUCAGAUAUUCUCUGUGCCACUGGUCUGAAGUAAUGUGUCAAAAUGAGUAUUGAGUGUGGCGAGGCAAAAGGCAAUUAUUACGUGUAUGACAAUUCACAUGAUGCUCGUUGACACCUUACCUGUAAAGUGGGUGUUACUAGUGUAGCCACCUCCAAUGCAGUGAUGCUAUUGCUUGUGAAGUAUUAAACAAAAGAUCAAGUAUCCUCUGGCUGAUCUUACACUUGUUCUUGCAUGACAUUGGCAGUUGUGGGUAUCGCCACACCCUAUAGAAAUAGUAAUUAUGAUGUGUUCAUUGGACACCCAAUGGUCAUUAAUUUGUUUUAAUAAAGAUUGCAUAUUUGUGUAACCCAUCCUUCGCUAAUAAGACAGUAUGUAUUAUGGCAGAAAUGAAUACAGAAUUUGUUGGUUGCACACAGAUAACUACAAGUUUUAUACUAAGAUAUAAAAUUUUAAAGCAGAAACAAAGUGUGAAAACAAAAAAUCUAACCUGUCAAAGGCCUAACCAAAUGUAUCCUAGGUUUGAAAAAGUUCAUAUGCUGUACAGUAUAAACACUAUUUUAAAACUUCACAAACAAUACAGUAUUUGCAAUAUAGAUGACUACUUUUAGCUGAAUGUUCUGAACUAAUAAAACAGUUUUUUUUUGCAAUUAGUUAAUAACUGCUUUAUUAACCCUUAGACUAAGGCUGACAUACAACUAGCCUCUUUUGGAGUUAAGGGGAAGACUGUUGAAAUGGCUCAGGUUACCCGAGUAACAAAACUGCCUCAGUCCUUUUCAAGGGGGUCAAAAGUAAAUAUUGUGCACCCUUUGAGGUGCACAAUAUUUGAGGUGCACAAUAUGUACACCUGGGGGUGGAGUGCUUAGCCCAACACUGUUCAAUGUUCUGAUGCACAAAUGUAUUUUUCUUCAUUUUCUCGUCCAACCACUUGGGGUGGACGGUAGAGCGACAGUCUUGCUUCAUGCAGGUCGGCGUUUAAUCCCUGACCAUCCAAGUGGUUGGGGCACCAUUCCUUUCCCCCGUCCCAUCCCAAAUCCUUAUCCUGACCCUUUCCAAGUGCUAUAAAGUAAUGGUUUGGCACUCUUCCCUGAUAAUUAAAACAAAUUAAAAAUU